AUGGGCAAUGGUAAAAUUGGAGGCAUUGAAAGAAAAUCAAAAAAAUGUUUUAUUUUGCCUGUAGAAAGUAGAAACGCAGUUACUAUCGAGCGUAUAAUUUCUAAAAAUGUUUUGCCUGUGAAAAUUAUUGUAACAGAUAAUGACAUACAUAUUAUGCUGAAUUUAGAACAUUAA